CCGCGUCCAAUUCCAUAACCCCAAGUUUCAAGGUGCAUGAUGGCGAAUGCAGUGCUACCUCGGGGCCAAAAAAUUCACGAUGGACAAUUCUCGAUUCAAUCGUUAUUUCGAUGGCAGUGUGGCUAUGUUUAUUUUCGUACACCGGACGUACUGCAGUCCUUGGCGUAGGUAUGAGGCUCGAUUCUACUGGUCGAUUACAUCUACGGAUUUCAGCCCUUUCUCACGCAUCAGGAUCUAGCUCGAGAUGUUUCGGCAGGGUUGCAUACCCCACCGACCGUCUUAUAAGGCUGGGCCCCCUCAGUAUAACAAGAUCAGCCCACGACCCUCGACACUCUCUUCGCCUUCUCCAAAAUGAAACCGGGUACAAUCUAAUAUUCCAAUGUUCUAGCCAAGUCUCCUUUCAAAAGACAAGGUUGUUGUAUGGCGCCUAUUCAUUGUAAGAGUUAAGUCUCUUGUAACGGAACCUGCGGCCACAGGCCCCUCUAAAAAGUCAACCAUGG